AUGUGCUAAAAUCAUGUGACACCGACAGGAGGACCGCCGCUGUUUUAUUUACUUGACUAAAGACCGCCAUACUUACUCUUCUGCACAACUUCUUUCUCUGAUUCUUCUUGUAGUACGUUUUGGCUGGCCCAAGAUGGAAGCGAUCAGGUUGAAGAUAGCCGCUCGGAAUUACUGCAGUAAAGAGAGUUGGAAGAAACGCUUUCCAAUCAGUCUAUGGUUGCCCAGAUACAGACUGCCGUUUCUUCUUCAUGAUGUCAUAGCUGGUCUCACUGUAGCGCUAACCGUUAUACCUCAGAGUCUGGCUUACGCCAGUAUAGCCAAGUUACCUGUGCAGUACGGUCUCUACUCGGCGUACAUUGGCUGUUUUGUCUACUGUUUUCUUGGCACCUGUAAAGACAUCAGUGUUGGACCCACCGCCAUCAUGUCUCUCCUUGUGGCUAGCUUCGGCAAAAAGGACCCCUUGAAUCCCUUACUCCAUGACCCUGUCUAUGCUAUCGCCUUAGCCUUUCUCUCUGGAAUAGUUCAGUUCAUACUUGGUGUUCUUCAUUUAGGAGCUCUAACUGGUUUUAUCUCGGCCGGUGUCUUAGCUGGCUUCACUUCCAUAUCUGCCAUCACUAUCGCAUUCGGACAAGUCAGACACGUUCUUGGCAUUAAGUUUGAGUCGGACUCAUUUUAUACCGGCUUACUUCUCACAUUCGAGCAUAUAAAAGAAACGAAUCCUUGGGAUGUUAUCAUUGGCUUAGGGAGUAUGGUCAUUCUGCUGAUUUUUCAGUGGUUAAAAGGUCGUGCAACGAGAUGGGAAGAAGAUGAUUCCUACACACCACCCACCUGGCAGCUGUGUACAUGGAAGUUCUUAUGGCUCAUAGCAACAGGUCGUAACGCCAUCGUUGUCCUCGUCACAUCGCUCAUUGCGUUUGCGCUAGAGACUCAGGGAUUAGGAGAUAAGAUUUCAGUGACUGGAAACGUCAAGGAAGGAUUGCCGCCAUUUCAACCUCCAGAUUUUAGCAAGCCGGAUCUAUUCAGUGUGAUUGGCUUAGGAAUAGCGAUGGUUCCACUGAUUGGCUUCCUAGAAACCAUAGCAAUCGGAAAAGCAUUCGCCCGGCAGAAUGAGUAUAGAAUUGAUGCUAAUCAGGAAUUCAUCGCAUUAGGUGUGUGCAAUAUAGCAGGUUCGUUUUUAUCUGCAUACCCAGUUACUGGUAGCUUCUCCAGGACGGCCAUCAACUCCCAGUCUGGAGUCCGGACUCCCGGAGCUGGAGUCAUCACCGGUGCAGUGGUCAUCCUGGCUCUGAGCUUCCUAACACCAGGGUUCUACUACAUUCCUAAGGCAGCCCUGGCUGCUAUCAUCAUUGUUGCAGUGCUCAAGAUGGUCAACUAUAAAAUCGUUAUCGCUCUCUGGAGGUUAAGAAAGAUUGAGCUGUUGGGAUUCUUUGCAACCUGCAUCUCAUCAAUGUUUAUAGGCGUUGCUUAUGGAACCGGAGUUGGCAUGGUGUUGGAUUUAUUCAUCUUAAUGUAUUCGAUGGCAAGACCCGGCAUCAAGGUGGUGGAGCCACUAACUUCGGAACAGAUGACUCAAGAUAUGCAUUCAACUUCUCAAAUUCAGAUACGAUCCAACUCAGCGGUGAUUAUCCAAGUCGAUCGUAGCAUUCAUUACCCAGCCGCUGAGUAUAUCUUUGAUACACUCAGUGAACACAUGCAGAAGAAGGACUACGCUAGACCGGUUAUCUUAGAUCUCAGCUUCGUGUCUGAAUUGGACUUUACUGUCAUUGAGGGUUUUCAUGAUGCUGCGAAUGACUUUAAAAAGGCCGAUGUUGAACUCUUCUUUGCUUGCUCAAAGCCAAACAUUACAGCGCUUCUUCUGAAAGCCGACAUAGACAGCAUGUCUAUAUAUAGCACCGUAAAAGACGCCCUAGAAAAAAUUGAGGAAAAACAAGUUUAAGAGCAUCUACUGCCCUGACUUUCUGCCAUUGAUCGCUUCUGCCCUUCGUACACCAUCUCUAAACCUUUGCCUGCCUAGCCACAGUCCAUAAAUGCUGUUCCUGCCUCUAGCGUAUAGAGUGCUCGUUGCUGCAUUCAAAAUAAAACAAACGUUGGAUGCAUAAUCAUGGGCCGAUUUCACAAAGAGCUAAGAUUGAUCUGAACU